AAUAAAUGGAAUAUGAAUUUUUGAUUGGUUUCCAGUUUUAAUAGUUUUAACAGUUUUGGAUGCUUCUAAGCAUUUAAAAGUUUCAAGCUUUUUAUAAAAUUUUGACCUGGGUUUGGUGCACAAUAUACUUGCAACUCAUAAAGUUUGUGCUUUUUCAUGAGUUUAUUUGUUGUUCCACUUGAAUUCUCAAGGCCUUUUAUCAAGAUAUGCAAGUGUAUUUUUUUUAUAAUGUCAUUAAAUUGCAAGUUAUCUAAGAUAAAUGGUAGUAGAUUUUUGACCAAUUCCAAGAUGAAAAAGGCUAAUAAGGAGCCUUCAAGAAGAUGUAAUAAUAAGAGUGGUUGGAAAUGGAAAAAGCUGCUGCUUUUUUUGUGGGCUUUUCUUGUUGCAAUUGGGUUUGUUUGGUUCUUGAAAAAUGAUGUUUCAAACCAAAAGUUGGACCAUCUUCAUCAGCUAGCUGCUUCUUUCUUUGAGUCAAAUCAGAUAACUUCCUUGAAACCUACCAAACAAUCAGAACCUGGAGCAUCUGCAAAGAAUGUAAUUACUUGUGCUCGUGAAGUGCCAUAUUGGAAAAAUAAUGAGCUUGAAGAGCAACAUUCAUGCACUGUACAAUACGUAGAAUCAAAGGUUGAAACCCAUAUUAGUGAGAAUAUUUCUACAUUAGGCGACUCACCUAUCUCUUCCUUUGUGAAGGCAUGCAUUUGGGUUAUUCUUUUAACUGUGUUGACCUACCAGAUUCCUGGUUUAUAUAAAAUGUUACUGAAGAAUUUCAUCCGAAAAGAUCAAAAGAAAGAUAAAGUACAAGGUUCUUCAAGGGGGGCAGGAAAGUGGAUGAAGAAGCUAUUGAUUCUUUUUGUGAUAGCCGGGGUGGCUAUAUCAAUUUGGCUAUAUUGGUACUUAAAUGCAGGAAUUAGCCUCAGAAGGAAAGAAAUGUUGGCAAACAUGUGUGAUGAACGGGCUCGGAUGUUGCAGGAUCAGUUCAAUGUGAGCAUGAACCAUGUUCAUGCAUUGUCCAUACUUGUUUCCACUUUUUACCAUGGAAAAGAACCUCCGGCUAUCGAUCAAAAAACUUUUGGCGAAUAUACUGAGAGAACAUCCUUUGAGCGGCCACUCACAAGUGGUGUGGCAUAUGCUUUGAGAGUGCGUCAUUCUGAGCGGGAGAAUUUUGAGAAAAAAUAUGGAUGGACAAUAAAGAAGAUGGAAACUGAAGAUCAGACAUUGGCACAAGAUUGUGACCCUGAAAAGCUGGAUCCUUCACCUAUUCGUGACGAAUAUGCUCCCGUUAUCCUAUCUCAAGAAACUGUAGCGCAUAUUGUUUCAAUUGACAUGAUGUCUGGAAAGGAAGAUCGUGAAAAUAUAUUGCGAGCAAGGGCAUCAGGAAAGGGGGUGUUGACAUCUCCUUUUAAGCUAUUAAAAUCAAAUCAUUUGGGUGUUGUACUUACCUUUGCUGUCUAUAAUGUUCACAUUUCUCAAGAUGCUACACCCGAGCAACGAAUUAAUGCGACUGUGGGAUAUCUUGGUGCAUCAUAUGAUGUCCCUUCACUAGUUGAGAAGCUUCUACACCAACUAGCUAGCAAGCAGACCAUUGUUGUGAACGUUUAUGACACCACAAACUUCUCUGCAGCUAUUAAUAUGUACGGUCCUAACGAGACUGACACGGGUUUGCUGCAUGUUAGUAGCCUUGACUUUGGUGAUCCUGCUCGUAAGCAUGAAAUGCGUUGCAGGUUCAAGAAUAGGCCUUCUCCUCCGUGGACAGCCAUAUUCGCAUCAGCUGGAAUGCUUACUAUUGUUGUGUUGCUAGGUGUUAUAUUUUAUGAAGCUAUAAAUCGAAUUGAUACCGUUGAGCGUGAUUAUGAAAAAAUGAUGCUGCUUAAACAUUGUGCUGAAGCUGCAGAUAUUGCAAAAUCUCAGUUUCUUGCAACGGUUUCACAUGAAAUCAGGACUCCAAUGAAUGGCGUUUUAGGCAUGCUGCUGAUGCUGAUGGACACAAACCUUAAUGCAAAGCAACUGGACUUUGCACAGACCGCUCAUGCUAGUGGAAAAGAUUUAAUUAAGUUGAUCAACGAGGUUUUAGAUCAGGCUAAAAUUGAAUCUGGAAGGCUCGAGCUUGAGGCUGUCCCAUUUGAUCUACGCGCCACUCUUGAUAAUGUCUUAUCAUUAUUUUCAAACAAAUCUCAAGAAAAAGGCAUUGAGUUGGCAGUUUAUGUUUCUCAUCAGCUUCCUGAAGUAGUUGUUGGAGACCCUGGACGAUUCAGGCAGAUAAUUACAAAUCUUGUUGCAAACUCACUUAAAUUCACACAUGACAGGGGACACAUAUUUGUAUCUGUACACUUAGCAGAUGAAGUUACACGUCCACUCGAUAUGAAAGAUGAAAUACUUAUAAAAAGCUGGGGAAAUUUUGAGAACACUUUGAGUGGACUUCCCGUUGUUGACAGGAGAAGCAGCUGGGCAAAUUUUGUGAAUUUAAGUGACAAAGAUGUGACUAACAGUUCUGAAAAGAUAAAGAUUUUAGUAACUGUGGAAGAUACGGGUGUAGGGAUUCCAAAAGAUGCACAAAGCCGUAUAUUUAUGCCGUUCAUGCAGGCUGACAGUUCGACGUCACGGACAUAUGGUGGCACCGGGAUUGGAUUAAGUAUUAGUGAACGACUGGUAGAUCUUAUGAAUGGUGAGAUUGGCUUUGUCAGCGAACCAGGCAUCGGAAGUGCAUUUUCAUUCACAGCUGUUUUCAUGAAAAAAGAAACAAGUUCUGUUGAUACUGUAGUCCAACAGUUAUAUCCAUCUGUAUCAGAAUUUCAGAAACUAAAAGCAUUAGUGAUCGAUCAUAAAUGUGUAAGAGCUGAAGUUACAAAAUACCAUCUCCAAAGAAUGGGAAUAUAUGUGGAGAUUGCAUCUAAUUUGGAUUCGGCACAAUCUCACAUAUCAAGUGAUUCAGCUCGUCUUGACAUGAUCCUCGUAGACGAAGAAGUUUGUGAUGAAAAAACUAGUUUUUCUUUUUUUCGUAGCCUUAAAAAGCUCAAAGUGAAAGUAUUUCUUUUGGCCAAAUCUGUAAUUAGACACAAUGAACUUAAAUCAGCUAAUAUGGUGUGUGACGUUCUGGUGAAGCCUCUUAGAUUUAGUGUCUUAAUUUCAUGCUUCCAAGAAACUUUUGUUACUGAAGAUGAGACACAAGCAACAAGAAAACCACCCACUCUAGGGACUCUCCUUCUAAACAAGAAAAUCUUGGUGGUUGAUGAUAAUGUUGUAAACAGACGAGUAGCGGAAGGUGCUUUAAAGAAAUAUGGAGCUGUUGUCACAUGUGUGGAUAGCGGAAGGGCUGCAUUAAAUAAGCUUAGACCGCCUCAUUGCUUUGAUGCUUGUUUCAUGGAUCUCCAAAUGCCAGAAAUGGACGGGUUUGAAGCUACAAGACAGAUCCGUGUUCUUGAGAAUAAGGUUAAUGAAAUGAUCCAGUCGGGUGAAGUAGGUGUCGAGGUGUUUGGAAAUGUGGGUCAUUGGCAUGUGCCCAUUUUAGCCAUGACGGCUGAUGUCAUUCAAGCAACGGAUGAAGAAUGCAUGAAGUGUGGGAUGGAUGGCUAUGUCUCAAAACCGUUUGAGGAGGAACAGCUGUAUUCAGCUGCAGCUUGCUUCUUUGAGUCUGGUUAAGAAGUUGAAGCGGUUAAGAAGGUGAACCACUAGCUAACCUGUGGUUAAGGUCUCACUCGUCUGGUUGAGUGGUUAAAAAGGUGCACCACUAUCUAACCUGUGGUUAGGGCAGUCUGGUGGUUUAUGAUGGCUGGCAGUUUCUCACUAUUAACAGCAUCAUUAUACACGCUAUUGUUCCUUGCUGUGGUAACUUUUUACCUUGUAUGGUACUCCAAUUGAAUCAUGAUCUUUUUACCGGAAUCUUGAUGAUUUGUCGAAUCUACAGGAAUCUGAGUUCAAUCAGUUGAUGAAAGAUCGGCAGAAAAAAUGAAUUCCCAUUUGGCAGCAGUAUAAUGUAUGAGAGAAUGACUGGGUUGAAGUCAUGAUCUCCUCAUACCACAACCCUCAAGUCGUUUUGAAGGUCACAUGUACAUGUUUCUAGAUUGAUUGUACAAAGAAACAACAUAGAUCAGAUUGUUUCAAGAGGGUCCUUGCAGGUGUUGUACAAGUUUUCAGAUCAUAAUUAUGUAAAUUGUGAAUUAGUUUGUUGUAACAAGUACAUUCUAGUAUGACAUUCACAUUAUGAAUAGUUGACGGUUUCGUAUUCAAGAAACUAGUCUCUAGGUUGAAACAUAUGUAAAAGAACUUGUAAACAUAAAUAGAUUGUGUGGUUAUUAUGACCUCUAAAUUUAAUUAUGUA